AUGGGGCUGAAGGCGCGGCGCGGCGCGGCGGGCGGUAGCGCGGCCGGCGGGGCGGCGGCGGCGGCGGGGCGGCGAGCGGCGGCCGGCGGCGACCCCGAGCAGGGCUCGCUGGCCCUGGGCACCGGCGGCGACCGCGACGGGACGCUGCUGCUGGAGGGCGGCGGGAAGGAGGAGGGCGGCAAGCGGAGCCCGCCGGGACUGGGGCUGCUGGCGAAGACCCCCCUGAGCCGCCCGGUGAAGCGGAACCACGCCAGGUACCGCCGCAUCCAAACUUUGAUCUACGACGCCCUGGAACGACCCCGCGGCUGGGCGCUGCUCUAUCACGCCUUCGUGUUUCUGAUUGUCUUGGGGUGUUUGAUCUUAGCAGUCCUGACAACUUUCAAGGAGUAUGAAACAGUUUCUGGAGACUGGCUCCUCUUGCUGGAAACUUUUGCCAUUUUCAUCUUUGGAGCAGAGUUUGCCUUAAGAAUCUGGGCUGCUGGCUGUUGCUGUCGCUACAAAGGAUGGAGGGGGAGACUCAAAUUUGCCAGGAAGCCUUUGUGCAUGCUGGAUAUCUUUGUGCUGAUUGCUUCCGUGCCAGUGGUUGCUGUUGGGAACCAGGGCAAUGUUCUGGCAACGUCCCUCAGAAGCCUCCGCUUCCUUCAGAUCCUCCGGAUGCUGCGCAUGGACCGGCGCGGCGGCACCUGGAAACUUUUAGGAUCAGCUAUUUGUGCACACAGCAAAGAACUCAUCACUGCUUGGUACAUUGGGUUCCUGACACUCAUCUUAUCCUCAUUUCUUGUUUAUCUGGUUGAAAAAGAUGUUCCUGAAAAAGAUGCUAAUGGAGUGGAGAUGAAAGAGGAGUUUGAAACCUAUGCAGAUGCACUGUGGUGGGGGCUGAUCACCCUUGCUACAAUUGGAUAUGGAGACAAAACCCCUAAAACCUGGGAGGGACGGCUGAUUGCAGCCACCUUCUCUCUCAUUGGAGUGUCCUUCUUUGCUCUUCCUGCAGGCAUUCUGGGGUCAGGGCUGGCACUGAAGGUCCAGGAGCAGCAUCGUCAAAAACAUUUUGAGAAAAGAAGAAAGCCAGCAGCUGAGCUCAUUCAGGCUGCCUGGAGAUACUAUGCUACUAACCCCAACAGGAUUGAUUUAGUUGCUACCUGGAGGUUUUAUGAAUCAAUUGUAUCAUUUCCAUUUUUCAGGAAAGAGCAAUUGGAUGGUACUGCCAGCCAAAAGCUGGGUCUCUUGGAUCGGGUUCGUGGUACCAAUACUAAAGGAAAGCUAUUUACCCCUCUGAAUGUAGAUGCCAUUGAAGAAAGUCCUUCAAAAGAGCCUAAGAAUGUUGUCUUGAAUAAUAAGGAGCGUUUUCGUACUGCAUUCCGAAUGAAAGCAUACGCUUUUUGGCAAAGCUCGGAAGAUGCAGGAACAGGGGAACCCAUGGCAGAAGACAGAGGUGACAGUAGUGAUUUCCCUAUGGAAGAUAUGAUCCCCACAUUCAAGACAGCCAUCCGAGCUGUCAGAAUACUACAGUUUCGUCUCUAUAAAAAAAAAUUCAAGGAGACUUUGAGGCCUUAUGAUGUAAAGGAUGUGAUAGAGCAAUACUCAGCAGGGCAUCUUGAUAUGCUUUCCAGAAUAAAAUACCUUCAGGCAAGAGUAGAUAUGAUUUUUACACCUGGACCUCCAUCUACUCCCAAGCAUAAGAAAUCCCAGAAGGGAGGAGCUUUUUCUUACCCUUCACAGCAGUCUCCCAGAAAUGAACCAUAUGUAGCCAAAGCAUCUACAGCUGAUACUGAAGACCAAAGUAUGAUGGGAAAAUUUGUUAAAGUUGAGAGGCAGGUAAAUGACAUGGGGAAGAAACUGGAUUUUCUUGUUGAUAUGCAUAUGCAUCACAUGGAACAGCUGCAGAUACAAGUUGCUGAGAUAAGUCCAUUGAAAGAAACGGCUUCUCCUGCAAGGGAGAAGAGAGAAGAAAACAAAUAUUCUGAAUUAAAAACAAUAAUAUAUAAAUACACUGAGCAGUGUUCUCGUGAAACUCCUUACAACUUUCAGCAGGUUCCAGUCAACAAGGUCAGCCCCUAUGGUUUCUCAGCACGGGGUCACAUGGCUCACUCGCAACCUUUAUCAAUCGGUGGGCAAAACUCUGGCAAACUGCAAGCCACACCUUCCUCAACUUCAUAUGCAGAGAGGCCAACAGUUCUGCCUAUAUUUACAUUAAUGGACUCCCAGGUUAGCUACCACUCCCAUGGGGACCUUCAAAGCCCUUACUCAGACAAGGUGUCCCCGAGGCAGAGAAGGAGUCUAACGAGAGACAGCGACACCCCAUUGUCCCUUCUCUCCGUCAACCAUGAGGAGCUCGAGCGCUCCCCGAGCGGCUUCAGCAUCUCCCAGGAAAGAGACGACUUCCCCUUCGGCCCCAGCGGGGGCUCGGCGUGGAUGAGGGAGAAACGCUACCUAGCAGAGGGCGAGACAGACACAGACACAGACCCCUUCACACCCAGUGGCUCCAUGCCUUUGUCCUCUACGGGAGAUGGGAUUUCAGACUCAAUAUGGACCCCAUCAAACAAGCCAGUUUAAAAGUUCGUGUGGGGGCAGUCACUGGCUGAUUUCUCCUUGUAAUGUAAGCAUACUUUGUAUAUCUCACUUACUCUACACCCAAAGCUUACUAGUUCAAAACACCAAUGGCUGCAUAAGAUGCAUGUGAUAUUAGUGGUAGUCAUUCUGCACCAUUUCAUACAAUUUACUGAUGCAGUUUUUUUCAUGCUACCAAAACUAAGGAGCUUAGUUUUGAGCAUGGUUUGCAUGACUUUGCCCUAUAUAAAUGGUACAGCUGAUUUCUUCCAUGAUACAUAUCUGUCUGGUACUCUUCAAUACAACAAUGGUGAAUUGAUAACAGACAAGAUACAGUGGUCCUUGCUACAUUUUGUAAACAGAGCAGCAAAAUAAAAAGAUUUCCAGGAACAAUAUUCCUUUGUGGAAACACAACGUCUAAAUCUUUUUCCAUUAUAAGCAAAUCAAUCUCUAAUCAACCAAGCCGAUCAACCAAGCAAAUCUAUCUCUAAUCAACCAAAAGCAGGGGAAAAGCUGAGUUGAACUAUGACCUUAUUGAAAUGUUUUUGUGAACUAAAUGUUUCUCAUGUGAUCUCUUAUAUAAUUACCCCUGAAAUACAAUGUUGAAAUGAAAUAACGGGUAGGAUUUUAUGUCAUCCAAGCCACUUCCUGGGAUUGAUCAUAGGUAUUUAUUUAUUGUAAAAUGUAAAUAGAAAUCCCUCAAAAUACUUUGAAAAUCUUCACAAGUAUUUAUAAAAUUGCUCAAAGUAGGAUUAUAAUGCUUUUUUUUAGAAAAUCUUUUACUAAGUCUAUUUGCUACUUAUGGGGCCAAAUUUUCUUUGUUACAAAAAUAAGGUUGUUCAGCAUAGACAGCUCCAGGUUUAUACACUCCACUCUUCUACUGACUUAGGUGCUGCUAAGUAAGAAGCAUAACGUAACUCAGCCUCAGUUUCCUGAUCUGUUAAUUGGGAGUUACACUUUCAUACAUGCUUACAGGUUGAAAGGCUCAAUUCAUCAAUAUUUGUCAAGUGCUUUGAGCUCCUCAGAUGUGCAGAAAAUUGCUAUUCUCUUCCCUGCAAGUUCUACAGUGUGAGAUGCUGCCAGGAUCUGUUUCUCUCUGUUUACCUUUCCUCUUGGAAAUGGAGUGCUCCAAAUCCAUGAAUGUGUGCUAUAUUUAGGAUUAAUGUAUGAAUAAAUAAUCACCAUUUUUGUCAUGUGUCCCUGAGCAACAGAGAGAUAAAUUUGCUCCCUAGGCCUCAGCCAAAUAUUUUUUAAUGGAAGCUGGAAAUUAUUGAGAAGGAGGAGACCAGGAAAAUCACUGGAUCACUGGAAGGAAAUGAAUCAAAGAUCUCACCACUACAGUGGGAAUGUAGUACCUAUAAAGCUAGUGAAACUAGCAUAUCCAAAUAUCCUAUACAGGUCUUACCUGGUGUCAGUCAAUGUGUCCAUGAAAUAGCGUCCAUGUGAUGUCCAGCUUGGUGGCUGUACACUCUACAGCUGGUGGAAAGUGAAGGAGUACAGUCAGUGAGCACAGGGUACAGCAACAAAGGCACACAACAAAUUCAGGAUGAGAUUAAUCUCACCUUUAACUCAGUUAUCUACAAUGACCAAAUAUCCACCAACUUCAAAGAGAGCAGAAGGUGACUUGCUUAGAUGUCAGAUGAUCAGAGACCACACAAUCAGUGUUAAUUGUCUCACCUCUCCCCUACUGAUCCAAGGUACAGCCUCUCUGCCAUGGCUCAUCCCCACCUCAUGUCCAGAACAAUCCCUGUCACUCCACACAAUGAUUUCCCCAGUGGCCAGGGCACUGACCAACAAAGAUGCAAGGAUUUGGCCCAAACAAGGUGUUACAAAAGAGACUUUUUGUAGAGACUGCUUGUGUUACACUGCAGCUGCACAACUGAACAUCUUUGGCACAUCCAGUCUGAGCCAAGAACUUGUUAUUGGGUUUCCCAGUGCUUACUGGGAAUUGCACAGCCCUGGAUGGAAAUGGAACAAUAUUUUAUUGGGGUUUUCUGACCACAGUAAACUUUUGGUUUAAUUCCUCAGCAUUGCUGACAUCUCAUAGCAGUUGUUCCAUCCAGGGAAUUCUGUUCUUUCCAAGAUGGGCAUUGCCCUCAUCUUCAUUGUUUGUUCUCUAUUGGAAGAGACAUCUAAAGGAUUAGGAUCUUCUUACUUCAUCUGAUUUUCAGCUAAAUCAUGUUUCAUCUUUCUGGGAUGGAUCUUCAGGAAGAACAAAUUGCUGUUGUUACUGGAUUAAAUACUGCAGACCAGUUACAGCCUUUGAAAACUGGGCUGAGUCCAUGGAGCUGUUCUGAAGCCAGUAACUAUGAUGGUAUGAGGCACAAUUUUGGUAAUUACUUAAUUGACAAAAUAGCAUUGACCUGCAAGAUUAUCUGUGUUUGGCACAGUUUUGUGGCUAAAUUUGCAAAGAAUAAAACUAAAUGACCAAAGUGUAAUUCGUUAUAAUUUGGCAUAUUAAGAAUUCUUUGGCCCUUGGGAUUCUUGGAAAUACCUUCAUUGUACCUGUUGCAGGCCUUCUGAAAUAGUAAUAGAUGUCUGUGACAACUUGUGAGAUUUAACCCUCACAAGACAAAAGAAUGGAAAACAAUGAAAAAAUUAUUUUAACAUUGAGACAUUUCUGAAGUGUAUGCAAGUAUGUGCUAGACAAGCCUGCUUCAGUUUUCUUGUAUAUAAAGGGCCUGUUGUUCCUACUGAUUUAAUCUGAAUUUCACCUUUCUUUAAAUCCUUCCUAGAGCUAAACAAUCAAAAAUCAAGGCAGCCAAAAAGCAGGUGCAGUCUGAUCAAUUUGUUUGUGACUGUCUUUGACAGUGGCUAUGCCAUGCAGUUCCCUGUCCAAUUCCCACUGAAAUUCUUCAGUUCAGGUUUCUGUUCCUUUCCAUGACAGGACAUAUAAAAGGAAUGUUUUCGCGGUAUUAAACUUGGUUGAAAAUCCAUGAAUAGCCUCCUUAUAAAGUUAUGUUCUUUCCAAGAGAAAAUCCAAGCAAGGGCAGAGACUUGGAUGAAUCUUCACCUGCACACAGGGUACAGCCCCAGAGAAAGGAUUUGGGCUGCCCUGCACUCUGCACACUUAGCAGAUGAACUGUCUUGAAGUUAGUGUUUUCUCUGGCCUGCAAUCACCAAUUGCAAUAUGCAUCUUUAAGGUGUCAGGUCAGCUGUUUUUAGCCACAUCAUGAAAUAGUUAAUGAUGUUUAAUGAUAAGAUCUGCCUCCUCUUAAAAAGCACUGGUGAUAAACUCAGCAAGAUCCUCUGCAGUAGACAUCUGUGGGUCCUGUGAAGGAGAUCCAAGAAAUGAGACAGACAGAUCUGAUUAGCUUAUUUCAACAUUUAUUUUUCUUUCUUAGCACUGAAACACGUCCCUGCUCUGUUCAUGAGUGUGCUGUUCUUAGCAGCUCUCUGCCAUUUACAUCACUGGGGUUAAAAACAGGGCAUCCAUCAUUUCUGCUGUCUGUGAUGACAACAGAUGUCAAGAUGUCACCAGCAAGGUGAGAUCUGGAGACCAUCCCAGAUCUGGGAUUUGCACACAAGUUCAUCAGACUCCAAUCAGGCUGAGUGCAGGGAGUGCAUCCACCCUGGAACUGUGGUUGAUGUGCCAGCCAUAGGUACUGGACAAAGCAAAAUAAACUAUCUAUGAUCCCAGUAACAUUAAAAAUGUCAAGACCUGUUUCCACGCACAAGGAAUCUCUAUUCACAAUUUCAUUUGAGAAAAGCAUCUGGGUCAAUAAUCGUCUUUAAUAGGAAUAGUCUCUAAUUAAUAGGAAUUAAUUAGAUUUAUAUCUUCUUCUGCAUGAUGUUUCAGUUAAAGAGUUAUCAAUUCUCUUUGGGUCAGACCUUUCUAGCAUCUUGACUGACACAAGCACUUUGUUUGCAUGUACUUAACAUUAAAAAAUAUUAAUGACUUUGAUGACUCUCAUCUCAUUUCAGGCCUUGAAAUAUUUUUUUGUAAUUUGAUCUGUGGAGCUUUUCUCUGCUCUCCUUCAAGUAAGUUAGAAACCUUCUCACAGUGAUGCACUGGGAGCAGGGCUGGGUUCUAAUCUGCCAUUAUUUAUAAAUUUCCUUGUGAAGGACAGCAGUGAUCUGGAGACAUUUUUCUUGGCUACAUUUUGAGAGUGAUUUUCAGUCCCUAACAAAUGCCAGAUGUCUGGAAGUUUUCAAAAAGGUGAAUCUGUGUUUACAUUGUGUGCCUCUCUUUGCAGCAUUACUAUCAAUUAAGCUUCCUCAUUUUAGAUGCAAACUGGGACUAUUUGAUUAAGGCAAAAAUGAAUGCUUUGUUGAAGUAGGAAGUUACAAUAAAUGUGCUUUAUGCUCUACUCAGAGAGUUGGCACUUUAAAAAAAAAUCUAGUCAGGUAAUGACUGUUGUCCUUGCCUUGGCUUUUCCCUGCCCUGAAUUUAUCACUCUGGCUCCUAUCUAAAUAAAAGGG